GUUUGCUUGCAAAUAAUUUCUUUCGACCACGAUUCAGGACCACGAGAAUGGAUUCUGCGACUUCGAAACAAAACAGCGCGUUCAGAGUGCUGGAGUUGUUUAGUGGAAUUGGCGGCAUGAGAAUGGCAUUAGAGAGAACUGGUAAACCGUUCGAAAUCGUAUCUGCGAUUGAUAUUAACCAAAUAUGCAAAAUAUGUUACAUGCACAACUUUGGAGAACAAGUCGUUCGGAAUGGAAAUAUUCUUAGUUUGACCGCGAGCGGUAUAACAAAAAUGCGAGUCGAUACGAUACUCAUGUCUCCCCCUUGUCAACCUUUCUCGCGAAACGGAAAAUUCAAUGAUUUGGACGAUUUCCGAGCCAAGCCAUUCCAUCACAUUUGCGCGCUGCUUGAAGAUAUACCAACUGUACAGUUCAUUCUGAUGGAAAAUGUAAAAGGAUUCGAAACGUCCCAAGCAUGUGCCUUGUACAAGGACCGACUGCAGAACGCUGGCUUCAUCUACCAAGAAUAUGUACUGUCUCCACACCAAUUUGGAAUACCAAACACUCGUCACCGAUAUUACUGUAUCGCCAAACGGAAAGGAAGUUAUUUUAAAUGGAAUGCUGAAGGAAUCAUUUCGCAACCUCCCAAUGCCGUUGCAGUACAACCGGUGAAUAUUGGUGAAAUCACCAAGGAUUCAGAAGCCACUGAAUCUUAUCUGCUGAAAGAGGUGACUCUGAAGAGACAUUUACAGAUUAUGGAUAUCUGUACAUCCGAAUCGACCAACUCGAUGUGCUUCACGAAAGCUUACACCCAUUAUGCCGAAGGAACUGGGUCGGUGUUCUCUCCGCUUUCAAAACAGGAAUUUGACAACAUAUAUCAAAGUGCUACGAAGGCUGUCGAAGACGACGAAAAACUUGAAUUACUAAGGACACUACGCGUUCGGUACUUUACUCCACAAGAAGUGGCCAAAUUAAUGAGCUUUCCCGAGUAUUUUUGCUUUCCUGAUUCGGUAACAUUAAAGCAACAGUGGAAAUUGCUAGGCAACAGUGUAAACGUUCAUGUUGUAAGUUUUUUACUUGAAGAACUCUAGUAAACAAAAGAUAAU